AGCCUUUUGGCUCGAGGAGGCCGCGUGCUGCGGGGCGCCCCGUGGGGACUCUGGAGGGGCGCACAAACGGCCUCUCCCCAGACCAGGCCGAUGCGCUCGGGCGCAAGGGCUGCCCUGUGCAUCCACCCUCCAGAUGGCACCCUCGAGCCGCCGAGCAGGCUGCGGCAGGGGCGGCGCCACUUUGCCGGCGAGCGCACGGCGCCUGCAGCCUUGGGCGAGCUCUGGCGCGCGCCUCCUCGAGGCGCCGCUGCGGCGGAGCCCCCCGCGGAGGCGGCGGGCUCCGCGAGGCGCCUUGCCGCGGCCGGCUCCCCGCCGGCAGGCGGGCCCGACGCGCACGAGCCCGCCGGCUCCUCUCGCGGGGCCCGCGGCGCGCAGCCUGCCGGCAGAGGCGCCCAGACUCCUGGGGCCUCGGGCUGCGAAGGUGGAGGCGGCCUGCGCGCAGGUCCCUCGCCGUCGGCGCCGGCGCCGUCGCCUGCGGCCGCCCCAGAGGCCCGAGCAGCAGGGGCCGCGAGGCGCGCCGGCCAGCCCUGCGGCGGCAGCGCCAGCGCGUUGCAAUGGGGCGGCGACGGCAGCGGCACCACACAUGCAGCCGCCUCCGAGCGCAUGGAAGCCCGAGCAGCAGGAGUCGCGCGGCGCCCCUCUGGUGGCGUCGCCAGCGCGUUGCACUGCGACGGCGACGGCAGCGACGCCGUGCAUGCCGCGCCGCCGGCCAGGCCCCCGAGCGCGCCGCUCCGACGCUCGAGCGGACUCGGGCCGCAGGGCGAGGCAGCUGGGGUGCGCAGGUGCGCGCAGUCCGUGGGCGCGGGUGCCCAGACUCCCUGGGCCUCGGGCAAGGAUGGCAGGGACGACCUGCGCGCAGGUCCUUCGCCGUCGGCGACUGUGCCGUCGGCGACUGUGCCGUCGCCUGCAGCUGCCUCCGAGCGCAUGGAAGCUCGAGCAGCAGGAGUCGCGCGGCGCCCCUCUGGUGGUGUCGCCAGCGCGUUGCACUGCGACAGCGGCGGCAGCGACGCCGUGCAUGCCGCGCCGCCGGCCAGGCCCACAAGCGCGCCGCUCCGACGCUCGAGCGGACUCGGGCCGCAGGGCGAGGCAGCUGGGGUGCGCAGGGCCCGUUGCGCGCAGUCCGUGGGCGCGGGCGUCCAGACUCCCUGGGCCUCGGGCAAGGAUGGCAGGGACGACCUGCGCGCAGGUCCUUCGCCGUCGGCGACUGUGCCGUCGCCUGCAGCUGCCUCGGAGCGCCUGGAAGCCGGAGCCCGAGCAGCAGGAGCCGCACGGCACCCGAUGGGCGGCGUCGCCAGCGCAUUGCAGUGCGACGGCGACGGCAGCGGCGCCGCGUUGCCACCUCGGCCCCCGAGCGCGCCGCUCCGACGCUCGAGCGCACUCGGAGCUCAAGGCGACGCGGCUGGCCAAGAAGCCAAGUCAGCGCCCCCACGGAGCGCGUUGCACUCACGCGUUGGCAGCAACUCCGCCGUGCAGAGGUGCCGACGGCUGGCGCAGCUUGAGUCGCCAGCGAGGCUGGGCGGCUGGCGCGGCUAG